AUGAGUAUUCGUAAAGGUGGGAGGAGAAAGAGAGAAGGAGGAGGAGCUUGCAAAUCCCAUCUUGUCAGGUUCCUCCUUCUUCUUACUGUGGUUUUUCUCUCUUUCCCCUUGCGCAUCCAUCCAUCCAUCCAUACCUGA